AUGCGUUCAGUAAAGUCGCUGCUCCUCUGGAGCUUUGCUUCCUUCUCUUCAACAACCGCCGCUCUCGCAUUUCCCCCACUAUUCCACGAAACUCGAGAGGCCGAAGCUUCGUCGUCGAUUGCCAAACGUGCAGACGAAAAGACACCGAAAUACUUCGUCGAAGCCGGUCGAAAUAUCGAGCUUGGUCAUUAUGACAACCGUUAUUUCGAAUCAAAGGUCUCGUAUGAAGAACACCGUCUCGUCCUUCGAGAUCUAAUUCGAAGCUAUUUGUUCCAUAUGAAUAGUUACGGCGUGGAAACAUGGAUUGCUCAUGGAACUCUCCUUGGUUGGUGGUGGAACGGGCAGAUCAUGCCUUGGGACUACGAUCUUGACGUUCAAGUGUCAAACAAUACCCUUCAAUGGAUCGGGGACAACCUCAACCGCACUGAGCACAGCUGGAACUAUACAGAAACUGCCUCGGGGAAGUUUAUCUCGAAGAGAUACCUCCUAGAUAUCAACCCCCACCACGUUGAUAUCGACCGCUCAGACGGAAGAAACAUUAUCGAUGCCCGUUGGAUUGACAUGCAGAAUGGCAUGUACGUUGAUAUUACUGGCCUCCGUGAGCGCGAGCUUGAUCGCCCAGGUGUAUGGAGCUGUAAAAACAAGCAUCGGUAUAAGAGCCAGGACUUGUGGCCCAUGCGUAUCACCGAGUUCGAGGGCGUCAAAGCUCGUGUUCCAUUCAACUUCAAUAAGAUCUUGGUUGACGAGUAUGAUACAAAGAGCUUAGUCACCGAGAGUUGGGCAGGACACCGUUGGGAUCAUGACAACAAGAUUUGGAUCAAGGAGACCGAAGAGGAAGCGAAGCAGCGACAGCUCGAAGCCGUUGAUCGCCAUUUAGCCGAAGCAGCCGCAAAUCCACAAACUGAUGAGUCGCAGGAAGCCGGGGCGGCCUAA